AUGACAGAUAUGAGAAAUAUNAUAUAUAAUAGUGAUCCAGGUAAAACCGAUGUAAAACUAGCUGUUAGCAAUGGCAGUAAAGAAAAUGAAAAAUCAUCCGGGGCAUCUCGAAGCGCAUCGUUCAGUAAUCGCAUAAGAAGUCCACCAACUUCUCCGCCACCGCCACCGGAUGUAACAAAACGACCAAAUCCAGUGAGACGUGAACGUCCCGUCUCAACACCGGUGAUUCCCGUUGUAAAACGUCAUCAACCCGAUUAUUUGGUAUCCUCCCCAACGAAAUCUCCCUCGCCACCACCUCCUCCUCCNAGCAUCUCGAAGCGCAUCGUUCAACGUGAACGUCCUGUCUCAACACCGGUGAUUCCCGUUGUAAAACGUCAUCAACCCGAUUAUUUGGUAUCGUCCCCAACGAAAUCUCCCUCACCGCCACCUCCUCCUCCUCCAACAAAAAUUGAAAAAUCGUCGAGUUUAAUUCUUGAAGAAGAGGAAUUACCGAAAAUUCCGCCGAUUUCAACAAAUACUUAUCGCGUGACGAAACCGUUUUUUAAAAGGGAUGAAAAGUCAUCGCUGGAUGAUAAUAAGGCUAAUUAUGCUUGUGAAACGCCUCCGAAACCCGCGUCUCGCUCGUCUAGUCGAGAUAGUCUUGAUGAUAAUAAGGUGAAAAGCGAGGAAAAAGAGGCGGGGAGUAGGGAGAAUUUAUCUGGAACUUCGGGGAGUUUAUCAUCGCUUAGUCCGCCGAGUAGUCCUAGUAGAGUUAAAACGGAAAAUGAGAAACAAGAGGAUGAAGGAAAUGAAAAAGGUAAGAAUACAUUUUAUCUUUUAUUUAUUAUUAUAAAUAUCGUUAUUGACAAAAUUGUCUGCAAACUGACCAUUUCCUGUUUGCAAUUUGAGGUCAAUUUAACAUAA